AUGAAGCUCGGAUGGUCGCUUUUGACUCAACCUCAUGUGCUUUGGGUUCGUCUGCUUGUUGCGAAAUAUAAAUUGGUGCCCGCAGCCAUGGACAUGGACUUUGUGUUCCCGCAAGGAUCUCCCCUCAUUCGGGCAUUGCACAAGGUUUGGCGCUUCGUGUGCAAUGGAGUGCGUUGGUCGGUCGGUGAUGGAACCACUAUUCGCUUUUGGCGUGACAACUGGACCCAUAGCCCCCGUCCUCUCAUAUAUGAAGCGUUGAGUCCCAUUCCCGAGCAGCAGCUCGAUUGGCCGGUUAGUAGCUACGUCGGUGCAUCGGGCCAGUGGAGGUGGGACUUGUUUGGUCAUUUGUUACCCGCUGCUGUUUCUCUGCGUAUUGCAGCCUUCUUGCCGCCAUCUCGCGAAGCGGGCCUAGAUUCCAGGUACUGGGGUUUCUCCGAGAACGGUCAAUUCACGACUAAAUCUGCGUACUCCUAUUUGUUUGGCACACACCAGCCGACUGCUAGCGAUCGUAGCUCUUGGCGCAUUAUUUGGAAGUGGGUUGGCCCGCAAAGGAUACGUCAAUUUCUCUGGCUCGUGGUGCAAGAGAAGCUGCUCACGAAUGUCGAACGGCGACGGCGGCAUCUCACGGAUUCCUCGACCUGUCCUCUUUGCGGGCGAGGAGAGGAAUCGACUCUCCAUUGCCUUCGCGAUUGUGUCAAGGCUGCGCUUGUUUGGCGGAAAUUACUCCCCUUGCGGGCUGGGAAACUCUGUUCGGUGUCACGUUAUGGCAGAUCUGGAGGGGCCGCAAUGAGGAGAUCUUUUCAGAAGUAG